CAAAUACGACGAAGAAAAUAUCAAGCAAUCCAAAGUGCAGAGCGAAGGGUUCGAUUCCUGAAGUAAAUGGAAGAGUACCCAGAAGAAUUAAGGAGUCCUCCAGUGGCGCUGGUGUCAUUGGUAGGAUGCUCAGAACAGCACGGUGCGAUAACGACCCACCUCCUCUCCCAGCAGCCUCCUAUCAACACCCUCGCCUUGCCGGACUUCUCCAAGCUCACCCAUCUCCUCCAACAAUCCUCCUCUUCUUCUUCACCGGUCGGAUUCUUGAAAAAGGAUUGGCUGGUCAAGCACCGUACCAAGAUCCCCGCCGUGGUGGCAGCCCUCUUCUCUUGGGAUCACGUUUCCGGUGACCCUGCACAAUGGGUCCAAGUCUGUUCCGAUCUGGAUGACCUGAAAGCCGCUAUUCGUCCGAGGAACACCAAAUUGUUGCUGCUCGUGGUAGUGGGCAAAUCGGAGGGCAUUAGUGAAGAUCGUCUCAUUGCUUUACGGAAGCGAGCAGAGGUUGAUUCCAAGUACCUUCUCCUCUAUAACCCUGAUCCUUCUCAACUCGAUAACUCCCUUCAAAGGUUGAGCGCCAGCUUUGCCGAACUAGGAGCUACUUUUUACAAAGAGGAAGGUAGAAGGAUUAAAGCUCGCAUUGAAAAUAAGAACUUCUCCACUCGCGACCUCCAAGUUCGAUACUGUUUCAAAGUUGCUGUAUAUGCAGAGUUCCGACGAGACUGGGCUGAAGCCUUGAGGUUCUACGAGGAUGCCUAUCAUGCUCUGCGCGAGAUGGUUGGUACCUCAACAAGGUUGCCUCCCAUACAACGCCUAUUUGAGAUCAAAGCUGUUGCUGAACAGUUGCAUUUCAAGAUUUGCGCUCUGUUUUUGCAUGGUGGAAAACUCAACGAAGCAGUCACAUGGUUCAGCCAGCACGUUGGCUCCUACAAGUCCCUUGUUGGAGCUCCAGAAGUCAUUUUUCUUCACUGGGAAUGGCUCAGCAGACAGUUUUUGGUUUUCGCUGAGUUGCUUGACUCGAGCUCUGCAACUCUUCCAAGCGCUUCCUCUCAGCCAUUAGACACUGCUGACCAACUUCUAACAGAAUGGGAAUUCCAUCCAGCUUAUUACUAUCAGUCAGCAGCUCAAUACUUGAAGGAGAAGAAAUCUGCUUUGGAGUUGGCAGUGUCAAAUGCAGAAACUUUUAAUGAGAAUGAUGAUGGAUGUGCUGAAUAUGUGGUACCAUCACUUUAUAUUGGUCAGUUUUCUCGGCUACUUGAGCAAGGGGAUGAUUCGGCUAUGCAGUCCAUUACUGAUGAUGAAUUCACCCGGUACGUGAUUGCCGAGGGAAAAAGGUUUCAAGACUCCUUUGAAAUUAUUGCUUUGCUCAGAAAGUGUAAUGAAUUGUAUAGUAAUCGUAAAGCUCAGAGGAUGGGUUCACUUUGUGCCUUUCAGAUUGCUAGAGAAUACUUUUCUUUGGGUGAUUACAGCAAUGCAAAACAGUUUUUUGAUGGUGUUGCAAAUCUAUAUAGGCAAGAAGGAUGGGUUACUUUGUUGUGGGAGGUUUUGGGUUACUUGAGAGAGUGCUCAAGGAAACAGGGUGCAAUAAAAGAGUUUGUAGAGUUCUCUCUUCAAAUGGCUGCAUUGCCAGUAUCUAUUGUUGAUAGCAUCCAGUCCUCCAAAUGCAGCCCAGUAGGACCUGCAAGUCUUGAACAGAGAGAAUUGAUAUACAGAGAAAUUUUUGCACUCAUAAGUAGAGAAGCUAGACCAGAAUCUUUCAAUGGACUUGGUGAUUUCAAAGUAACUGGAGAUAAUACCCUUCAUCUUGAAAUUGAUCUUGUUAGUCCACUCAGAUCAGUACUUCUUGCUUCUGUGGCUUUUCAUGAACAGAUAAUUAAGUCCGGUGUCUCCUCUUUGAUUACAAUAUCACUACUAUCACAGUUACCCCUUUCCAUCGAGAUUGAUCAGUUGGAAGUCCAAUUCAAUCAAUCUCAAUGUAAUUUUAUCAUCACAAACGCCCAAAUACAUCCACUUGAAGCAGUGCAGGGUGAGCAACAUGAUCAUCGAAUGGAGAGUGCCCCUUCUUUAGCACUUGUUACAAACAAAUGGCUGCGGCUGACUUAUGACAUUAAAUCUGAACAAAGUGGAAAGCUUGAAUGCAUAUCUAUUAUUGCAAAAAUGGGACCUCACUUCACAAUCUGCUGCAGAGCUGAAAGUCCUGCUUCAAUGGAUGAUUUACCUCUUUGGAAGUUUGAAAAUUGUGUGGAAACAUUCCCCACAAAAGAUCCUGCUCUAUCAUUCUCUGGUCAGAAGGCUGCUCAUGUUGAAGAACCUGACCCACAAGUGGAUGUCACUCUUGGUGCUUCUGGGCCGGCAUUAGUUGGAGAGAGAUUUCUGAUACCAGUUACCAUAACCUCAAGGGGCCAUGCCAUCCAUGCUGGUGAAAUGAAGAUAAAUCUUGUCGAUGUGAAAGGAGGUGGCCUGUUCAGUCCUAGGGAAUCCGAGCCUCUUUCAUUGGAAACUCAUCAUGUUGAGCUUCUUGGCAUUGUUGGACCAGAACUGGAAGAUGAAUCUCAAAAGUUCUCUGAUAAAAUCAUGAAAAUUCAACAAUCUUUUGGAUUGGUUUCUGUUCCGUCUCUAAAGAUUGGAGAAUCAUGGUCCUGCAAACUAGAAAUCAUGUGGCACCGACCCAAACCAAUUAUGCUCUUUGUAUCACUGAGCUACUCCCCGAUUUCUUAUGAGUCGAAUUCACAAAAAGUCGAUGUCCACAAGACCUUGCAAAUCGAAGGAAAGGAUGCUGUUUCAGUUUGCCAACAUUUUAUGCUGCCUUUCCGCAGGGAUUCCUUGUUGCUUUCAAAGAUCAAGCUGGCCCCUGAUUCCAAUCAGUUUUCAUCACUAGCCCUGCAUGAAUCAACUGUACUUGUUGUUAGUGUCAAGAACUGCUGUGAGGUCACAUUGCAGCUGCUAUCGAUGGCUAUUAAGGCUGAUGAUGGUGGAACUGAAAGGUCAUGUUCCAUCCAACACGGGAACGAAGAUCUUGGCACUGCGGUUCUUGUGCCAGGAGAAGAAUUUAAGAAAGUUUUCAGUGUUAUUCCUAAUCUGGAUUCCUCAAAACUUAGACUGGGGGUGGUGCAUCUAAAAUGGAGGAGGCAUUGUGGAAUUGAAGAUAAAUCUAGUUUGGCUGCGAUUGAUUCCGAGGUUGUAACUGAAUACAAACUUCCCGAUGUACAUGUGGAGUUGCCACCGAUUAUUGUGACUUUAGAAUGUCCUCCUUAUGCCAUCCUUGGAGAUCCCUUCAUAUACCAUGUUAAAAUCCGUAACCAAACCGAGUUACUUCAAGAGGUAAAGUUUUCAUCGGCAGAUUCACAUAGUUUCAUGCUAUCUGGGUCUCACAGCGAUACGGUGUUUGUUCUUCCAAGAUCGGAGCACUUCCUUUGUUAUAAAGUUGUGCCUCUUGUCUCUGGUUUGCAACAAUUGCCUAGAAUUUCUUUGACAUCUGUGAAAUAUUCGGCUCGAUUUCAACCCUCCAUUGCUUCAUCUAAUGUUUUCGUUUUACCAUCCAAGCUACACUGCAAGACGGCUGGUAUUAAAGAGAAAAGGGUGGAGGGGCCUACUGUAGCAGACUAAAUUAUAUUCUUUGUUCAUUCUGAUUAUUGCCGAUAUUAUUUGCCUUGUACGUAUGAAUACACGGGGAAUCUUGUCGCUUGAGACCAAAGCUUUGUAGUUGAACAUUAGUGAGCAACUUGGAUAACUCGAAGAUGUCGACUAGUUUGUUAUAUUUUUCGGUGCAAUGGAAUAAAAGAAACGAGGCUCAGACAUAUGAAUGUUGUGAGAUGGUGGUGGUGGUUUUGUUGUUUCUCGG